CCGUUUGGCUGUACUAGAGCGUCCCUCUUGGGCUCCCGUAGCCCCGCCCUUCCAUCUCCGUUUUCCCGUCGUCCUUUGCGUGCCUCCCUCUCCUUUUUUUGUUUCCUCUCCUCCUCCUCCUUCCCCCCAUUUUCCCUCGGACGAGGCAGAGACAAGCAGCCCUCCCGCGCCUCUUUUUAACCGGAGGAGCGAAGCAGCGGCGGCGGAGGCCUGAGUGCCGUUGUGUGUUUUGUUUCUCCUCGCCGCCGCCUGCUUCCGGCGCCAGUCUCAACGGCCUUCCUCGUCGCGUCGGGCCCCGGAGGGCCAUGUCCGGCGUGGACUCCGGGGCGGCCUCCCCUCAGGCGCUGCCCUUCUCCCUGCAGCCCAAGCCGCCUCCGCUGAUGCAGCUGAACCCGGGCGAAGGCGUGCGGGCGGGGCCCCCCCGAGCAGCCCCCCAAGGGCCCCCGCCUGGGAGGAGGCGGCCGCCCGGACUGGGCCCCCGGGAAGCCCGUCAGCCUCCUGGCCCCGCUCCUACCCCCGCCGCGAGGGGAGCCCGAGCCCCUCCUGCCCUUCGGACCCGCCUCCCGGCAGCCCCUCCGCGGCAGGAUGCUCGGGCGCUGCGGGGCGGGAGGCGGCGGCGGCGGCGGAGGGGGCCUCCUCAACCCAGCCAUGCGCCCCGGAGGAGGAGGAGGCGGAGGAGGCAUGGGCCGGGAGUCCCUCAUGAUGGGACAUCCGGGCAUGCCCCAUUACCCACCCAUGGGAAUGCAUCCUAUGGGCCAAAGGCCGCCUAAUAUGCCUCCGGUGUCUCAUGGAAUGAUGUCUCAAAUGAUGCCUCCAAUGGGAGGACCACAAAUGGGGCAGAUGCCUGGAAUGAUGCAAUCUGUGAUGCCUGGAAUGAUGGCACCCCAUAUGUCUCAUGCUCCCAUGCAGCCUACAGGACCGCCAGGAGUGAACAAUAUGGAUUCUCAAAUCGGUUUAGCUCCCCCUGGAACUCAGCCCACACCUCCAGUAGUUUGUUCAGUGCAGCAAGCCACACCAGUUAACAGUUCUACUAAUGAAGAAUCUUCCAAACAGAAAUCUGUGUGGACAGAACAUAAGUCACCAGAUGGAAGAACAUAUUACUAUAAUACUGAGACGAAGCAGUCUACGUGGGAGAAGCCAGAUGAUCUCAAAACACCUGCAGAGCAAUUGUUGUCAAAAUGUCCAUGGAAGGAAUAUAAAUCUGAUUCUGGAAAACCUUAUUACUACAACUCUCAAACAAAAGAAUCACGUUGGGCAAAACCAAAAGAACUUGAAGACCUUGAAGCAAUGAUUAAAGCAGAGGAAAGCAGUGCGAAAGCAGAAGAAUCCAUCACACCAUCAUCUUCUGUAGGUGUUGCCUCAGGAGUUACAAAUGCUGCUGCCACUAUUCCAGAUGUUCCUGUGGCUGCACCAUCAACUCCUGCUAUUCCUCCUGCUGCUUCAGCUCCUGAAGCUGAGCCUUCUGCUGUUGCUACUGCUUUAGAAAAUGAAAACAGAGUAACUACUUCAGCAGAUGAGCAGACACAGCCAGCUGCUCCUGUUGCACAAGAACAGUCAGCAGAUGUUGUCACAAACUCUGUAGAAGAAACUCCUAAACAAGAAUCUGUAGACAUUACUCCCAAAAAAGAAGAAGAGGAUGCCCAGCCAGUUAAAAAAACAUAUACUUGGAAUACAAAAGAAGAAGCUAAGCAAGCAUUCAAAGAACUGUUGAAAGAAAAGCGUGUGCCAUCAAAUGCCUCCUGGGAACAAGCUAUGAAGAUGAUAAUCAAUGAUCCAAGAUACAGUGCUUUGGCAAAGCUGAGUGAGAAAAAGCAAGCUUUUAAUGCUUACAAAGUCCAGACAGAGAAAGAAGAAAAAGAAGAAGCGAGAUUAAAAUAUAAAGAAGCAAAAGAAUCUUUCCAGCGUUUCCUGGAAAAUCAUGAAAAGAUGACAUCUACAACUAGAUAUAAAAAAGCUGAACAAAUGUUUGGAGAAAUGGAAGUUUGGAAUGCAAUAUCAGAACGUGAUCGUCUUGAAAUUUAUGAAGAUGUCCUAUUCUUUUUAUCAAAAAAAGAAAAGGAACAAGCCAAGCAGUUAAGGAAGAGAAACUGGGAGGCAUUAAAAAACAUCCUUGACAAUAUGGCUAAUGUUACUUAUUGUACUACUUGGUCAGAAGCUCAGCAGUAUCUGAUGGACAAUCCUACCUUUGCAGAGGAUGAGGAACUUCAGAACAUGGAUAAAGAGGAUGCAUUGAUUUGUUUUGAAGAACACAUAAGGGCUUUGGAAAAGGAAGAAGAGGAAGAGAAACAGAAGGGUCUACUCAGGGAAAGGCGACGACAACGUAAAAACCGAGAAUCUUUCCAGAUAUUUUUGGAUGAGCUUCAUGAACAUGGACAGCUGCAUUCAAUGUCAUCGUGGAUGGAAUUAUAUCCAACUAUAAGUUCUGAUAUUAGAUUUACUAACAUGCUUGGUCAGCCUGGCUCAACAGCACUUGACCUUUUUAAGUUUUACGUUGAAGAUCUAAAAGCACGCUACCAUGAUGAAAAAAAGAUAAUCAAAGACAUUUUAAAGGAUAAAGGAUUUAUAGUUGAAGUGAAUACUACUUUUGAAGACUUUGUUACAGUCAUCAGUUCUACUAAAAGAGCUACUACAUUAGAUGCUGGAAAUAUCAAAUUGGCUUUCAAUAGUCUGCUGGAAAAGGCAGAAGCUCGUGAACGUGAGAGAGAAAAGGAAGAAGCUCGCAAAAUGAAACGGAAGGAGUCUGCUUUUAAGAGCAUGUUAAAACAAGCAACACCUCCAAUUGAAUUAGAUGUUGUUUGGGAAGAUAUUCGAGAGAGAUUUGUGAAAGAACCAGCAUUUGAAGACAUCACUCUAGAAUCAGAAAGAAAAAGAAUAUUUAAAGAUUUCAUUUAUUUACUAGAGCAUGAAUGUCAACAUCAUCAUUCAAAGAACAAGAAACAUUCUAAAAAAUCAAAAAAGCAUCAUAGAAAAAGGUCUCGUUCUCGUUCAGGUUCAGAGUCUGAGGAGGAUGACAACCACACAAAGAAAAAGAGGCAGCGCUCAGACUCCCGAUCAGUUUCUGAACGCUCUUCCAGUGCCGAAUCUGAGAGAAGCUACAAGAAGACAAAGAAACAUAAAAAGAAGAGCAAAAAGAGAAGACACAAGUCUGAUUCCCCAGAAUCAGAUGUGGAUCGUGAAAGAGAGAAAAAAGAAAGAGAGAAUGAAAAAGAAAGAAGUAGACAAAGAUCUGAGUCUAAGCAUAAAUCGCCUCCUAAAAAGCGACCUGGCAAAGAUUCUGCUAAUUGGGAUACAUCUGGUAGUGAAUUAAGCGAAGGUGAACUAGAAAAACAAAGGAGGACCCUCUUGGAGCAACUGGAUGAAGAUCAAUAAGAAAUAUUUAUACCAAAUAUGUUUACAAUGUGAUCUAAUAAAAAUAUAAAUGACUAAUUUCAGGAAAUGGAUUCCCAGUGUUCUGAGUUCCAUUGGUAGAGCAAUGGCUUUUCAGUUUUACUGUGUAACUAAAUAUCUCAAAAUAUCAUUGUGUGCCUGGCAGCAAAACGAGAAAGAUAGUGAACAUUCAGAAUUCUUCUUGAACUUCUGUUAUGAUAAGCUAGGCAGCCUGUAUAUACCCCAUGCACCUUGACAUCAGAGAGCACAUUUGGAUGAGCAGAAUUUUUAUUUUUGAGCCCUUUCAAUAAUGGCUUGGGAAAGUACUUGAUCCUUUCAAGCUUCUGUCUGUAUAAAAACAGCUUUGCUAGAAAGGCUUACAUUUGGUUUCCUUGUCAGAUAAGGUCUAAAGGGCAGUGGGAAGAUGCCCCAAGGGUGUUGUUCCCUUUGGAAAGAUGCUCUAUAGUUUGCUUGCAGCUCAACUUCUGUUGGUUAUUUUAGUACUUUUUUUCUUGCAAAUAGAGGAACAAGAAGAGGAGAGGGGGUAGUGUUUUUCUUCAUCUAUGGUAGUCCAAAAACCAAUGUUGGGUUUUUAUGCAUUACCUUACUGGCCAAACUGAUGUCAUUGGUGAUUUCUAUUGAAUUUUGACUUUAGGUUGAAAUGUAUACUUUCACCCUGAAGUGAAUUUUUAGUGUCAAGUUUUAAAACUGUGAAAAAUAGAUGGUUGGUGGAGAUCCUGAUAGGCCCUUAAUUUUAAAGGCACUAUGAAGUGCUGACAUAACAUAGUCAACAUUUUUAUUAGACAGAAAAAUCUGGUAUAUGUAAAACAGGUAAACAGAAAAAACAAAGCAAAAUUUGCAGUGGGCAUUAUUUUAGCAUUAAUCCAGUGUUAUUGAAAAUUGCAAAAUCAGACUGUAAAUCAAUUGCAAUAUGUUGCCUUAAGGACUUUCCGAAGAAUGUACCACCAAAUUCUGAAAAGCAGUUGCAAUACUUUGUUUAGAAAAUCAGUGUAGAUGUAAUAUUUUUUUCUUUUGAGACAUUUUGACCUACUGUUAGAAACCUGGUCUCCUUUUAUUCUGUUUUUCUUUUCCUUUGUACUAAAUAGCUUCUGCCAGCUUUGAUUUGAUGAGUACUAUCUGCCCUAUACAUUCAGGAGUAUUGACUACUGUGGUACAGACUCUAAAAUCUUUCUGAUUUGAAUAUUUUUGUACAUUUUUAUCACUUAUUAAACCUUGUCUUCUAGCGUG